UAUACCCUCGUUUUCAUGCGGUUCAGAGCCCUCGAGGGUGCCCUCGUGGAUUCGUCCCCCGACCUCAAGGAAACACCGCUGCCAGCCACCGCCACCGCCGUCCCCUCGACGCCCCGCCUCCCGACCCCUCGACACCCCACCGCCCGACCCCUCGACGCAGGCGAACUCCUCCGGCGACCCCAACUGGAUUUUUCCCCGGUCCCUGCCGCUCGGGUUCUUGUUGGGGUGGAUGAGUUGCCUCCAUCUUGGGAUCCAGUUGUGAUGCCUAACUUCGAUACUCCUUGGCCUCUUAUGAUUUUCUAUCAUUCCUGGCCAGACAUAAGCAAGUUUCAAACAAAGCCAUUUCCUUUGUAUGACAAGCUAGGUGAUCUUUAUGAUGGACAUAUAGCAGAAGGUAAUUACAAUUUUACAUCAAUUCAGGCUACACAAGUGAUUGAUGAUGAUCCUGAAGUUGAAAGAGAUGAGACUGGGUUCUCUUUUGAUCUGAAUCAGUGCGAAGAUGAUUUACUCAUGUAUGAUGAUCCAAGAGAUGCGGCUCAAAGUGAUGAUCCAAGUGGAGCUAUUCAAAGUGAUGAUCCAAUAGAUGGUACUCAAAGUGAUGUUACUCGAGCAGGUGCUCCUGGUGGUUCCAAUAAAAAUCUAGUGAACGAGCCCAAGAAGAAGAAGCGGGAUGAUCCCAUGGUGGAAGUGAUGGCAAACUAUGUGGAGAUCAAACGGAAGCAAGCAGAGGACGAGUCUGCUUUGUUCGCAGAGUCAAAAAAUGCCCAACAGUACUGCCUCAAUGCCGCCGCCGAAGAUGAAGUGAGCGUCGUCGUGUUCCUUCGGAGCGAAAUGGCAGACUUACCUCGGGGUGUCUAAGAAAAAUGGAAGAGCACAAGCCGAAGAACUAGAGGUUCAAGGCCAACGAGAACAAGCCUGUAAUGAACGAAUGACCAUCCUCCGGACAGUCCGAUGCUUGCAAGGCUUAGCUGCCAAUCAUGUGACUCCUGUGUUAAAAUGGAUGGUGUGAACAUUUGUUUGGCCGUUCUGAAAACUAUCCAACUAUCCAGUAUCUGUGUUUUGAGUUCCUAUAUCUGCACUGCAUGCCUGGAAUGAUAAAUCAGUAGAUUUUAUCGUGUGAUGUGUUCUCGUGGACCAUUCGUGGUUUUGGAAUCCACUUCUAUAUGGUGAUUCGUGUAGCAUCUUCUUUGCUGUCGAUACUAUUUCUCACGUUUCUUCUUUUAUGAACAAACCUUUGUUCUAAGUACAAUUCUUCCGUAAUUUUUUGAAGGUGUAAAAAUUACAUUUUUAAUUAUAGUAUACUCCUGUGUAUGAA